CGCGUGCUACAAACAUGCGGCACUGUAGGUUGUACGUUUUUCUGCUAGCCGCGCUGGUGCUAACCGAGUGUAUACUAGCAAUUGAAGCAACCGAUCACAAAGCAAUCCAUCUACCGACGCGAGCAGAACAACCUAGAAAACUAAAAUCGAGCCGCCGAGAAGGACGCUUUCUAGGGUUGCUUGGUCUGCUUACGGGCCUUACGCUGGUGGAUUCCCUCGACGAUGAUAACGAUCGUCCGCGACGCUCAGGGUUCGUCAAGAUUGACGUUGGCCAUCCUGCCGCACUCGACGCAUUCUACGGAGCGUACGGUUACAGCUCACCCUACUGGACCGGUGGAUCGUCCAUCAACAUAAAGAUUCCUUUCCGACCGCCCGGAGCCGAAUUUGAAACGAUGGCCGUCAUACCGUUCCCCGUGCACUUUCCACACACCGGACCAUCCCACUACGGGUCCGCACCGGGUGGGAUUGAACCGCGUCCGACCAUCUUUUCCGAUCCCGUGCCGAGCGCCUCGAACGGUUCAGAAACAAUUGUAGCCGAUGAAUUAGAGCUGCCGAGGGGAAGAAAACAAAAGCUCGCUUCUAAAAAGAGCUCUACAACCGUUAAAAGGCGAUCCCGUCCGAAGCUGAGUCCUCCGAGAACGAUACGCAGCACACUGCGAGCGGACGCAGAACCAAACGAAGAUACUAACGUGGAAACUGUUGAGGAAACAACCACCACGAGCGAUACGCCAACGGUGCUAGCGCCCACCGAACCGACCGCGAGUAACGAUCCCGACGUCUCCGCUACUAAUACACCGACCUCGGAUCAUCAUGCGCCCGUUUCCGAAGAGCCCGAACCAGCCACCCCGGCGUCGAUCGUUCAAUCCGAGCUCAAUUACGUAACCCAGCCAAUGAUACCAGCGUCCUAUUACACGCACCAGCACAGCCUGGCCGAUCUGUCCGCGAUCGAGCUGACGACGGCAGCGAGCACCCAAGACUUCCCCCUGGCAGCGUUCCAGCCAAGCCGGGCCGAUCAUUGGCAGGAUUAUUACGGUACCGUCGCACAGGAAAGCUCGAACCGGCAGCUAGGGUUUCUGCCAAUCGCACCACCCGCUCACUGAGUGCAGCCAGCGAAACGACUCAUUUUCUCAAUAAAAACCACCAUCCUUCA